AUGUUCAAACUCCUUAUAUCAUCAAAUCGAAUUGUUCUAUUAAUCUUUAUCAUUUUACUUGCAUCACUCAAUCGUUUCUCACGAGCAACAGCAAAAGAUAACAGUGAUAUAACUGAUUUAUCCAAUGAUGAAGUAGAAGAUCAACGUCGAAUGCAUGAUCUCAAUCAGUUACGAUAUUUUUUAUUAACAGCAAAUGCUAAACAACUCGCUGCUAAACGUCAACAACAAGCUUUUCGUAAACGACAAUUGAUUCAUGAAUACCUUAAAUCUAUUCAUAAUCCAAUUCGUCUACAAGAAGUUAAAAGUCAUCUUGCUUUCGAUCAUUCUUACUUUCUCGACGUACGCAUUCAGAAUGGUCAUUUUAUGGCACGAUUAUCUGAGCAAUGGACCAUCAGAAAAGACUCGUUUAAACGCGAGAUCAAUAUAUGA